AUGACUAAUCACGUGCACUUUAAAAAUGCAGAGGAUGAGAGUCACAGCGGUGAAAUUGUGGUGGCGCAAGGAUCGCAAGAUUCAACAACAAUCAAUGUUCAACUCGGAAUUUUGAUGGUGGGUUUUAUUUUUUCUCAUGUUUUGGUUGAGAUGAAAUGUUUUACUGUAAAAAGUGGCUGAAAAUGCUAUACUAACAGAAAUAAAUAGAAUAAUCAUCGAAAAAUGUAAAAUAGGGAAUGAGCCCAACUACAGAACAUUCGAGAUUUUUCUGGGAUAAGUUUGAUUUUCGUUAAACUACUAUUUUUUUCUGAAAUUGUUUCAUUAUCCAAGAGUUUCUGAAGAAUCUGGAGCACCUCAAUAUUUACGAAUAAUAACUAGUUCUAAAAAUAAGAUUUCUUUAAAUGUUGAUCUUCGAUGCUCUUGAAAAUGCAUUGACAUAAAAAAGAUAUAUCAAAAAUUCCACGCAACUUUUUUUCUGAUCUUUGAUUGUCAAAAACAAAUUUCCAGACAGAGCAUGAAUAUACGGUCACUUUCAAGGCUCCAAUUUCAUCGGCUUAUGUUUUUGAAGGCGCUGAUAAUGGUGAAUUGACUGUCAAGGAUGUGACUUUGAAAGAAGGAGGUGAGAAUUUUAAGAAAUCUUUAAAUAUUUACUAAAAAAUAUUUUAGAUGAUUCGGAGAGCCAAUUCAAUGCAACAUUGACAACAACCGAUGCUCAUGGACAAUUCAAUCAGAUAAUCAAAUUGAGAAAUGGCGAAAAUGUGUUGACAUUGAACUUUGACUUCUCGUUGAUGAGUGAGUUAAUUUUUUUGAAAAAAAUGGGGUUCAUAUUGAAAUUUUCACUUCCAGAUUUUUGAGAAAAUAUUUUUUCUUUUCCAGUUCAGACAUUAAACAAUGAGAUUUACUAAAUUAGCAGUUUCCUAAUUUUCUCGAACUAAACAACUAUUCGCAUUCAGAAAGCGGUUUUGAAUCGAACCACAGACAUCGGUCCCGAUUUUGAAUGUUUUUGAACUCAACACAGGGUGAAUAUUUUUUGGACACCUUUUUUCAAAAAUCAAUUUUUAGUUUCUUAAAUCGGACAUCACAUCAGAAAAAAAUUAUUGCAUCAAUUAUGCAAAAAAAUUGGUCCCCAUUUUCUCAUAAAAUUAUUGAUGAAUUCUGCGAAAAAUGAUGCAAUUUUGGACAAUUUCGAAAUUCUCAAAAAGAGGAACAUUUUUUCUAGAUUUGGCGUUUUUUCUUUAUUUUGUGAAGUUUGAACAUGUGGAAUCACAAGAAAACAUAUGUAUCUUGCAUAGAUAAAAGAGCAUAAACAAAAAUGAUAAAGCUUAUGUGGUGUUUGACCUCACACAUUUAGAAAAAUGCAAAAAUUUUGAGAGUUCAGAUAAUUUUUCAAUAAGGAACUUCUAGAGCGAGACAUGUUAUAUUUUUCCUUAUUCCAAUACACAAAUCUCAAUCAGAAAUGUUCGUCAAACCCCUCAUUUUUCACCGGAAAAUACGUCUGACUCAAACACCUCCAAUUAUCCCACACAUUCCAAAAAUAAAUGUUCAAAAUUGCGAAGUUCUAGAACAUUAUUUCUCAUAAUUUAUGUAACCAACAUCCCACACAUUUUAAAAUUGUCAACACCAAAAAAUCCAAAUUCUAAUACCAGGUUUAGUAAAAACAAUGUCACGAGGCUUCCAAAAAACAUGUUUUUCCUAUGUAGUAGAAAAUUUGUUUUCCGGAGAAGGAGGGCUCAUGUGAUAUUCGCGACAAAAAAUUCAAUUUUUUAUUCAUUUUCCAGACGAUUCUCUUGGCACUCCAUUCCUUCGAAACGGUCUUCAUGUUGUUCGCCGCAUUUCUAGCGAUUGA